AUGAUCAGUCUUGACGGCGCCACGGCCAUUCUGUGCCAUGCGUUCAGCAGUAAUCUUGAGUGGGCGUCGGUAGCCGAGGAUGAUGAGGCCGACAGGGUUCUACAUCUGGAUGAACAAGAUGGUGAGCCGGUUCAAGUGGGCUUGGACAAUCUGUGA